AUGUCCCACAGGAAAAUGCACCUGACCUUCUCUCUGGUCCUCAUCCUCUGUGGCCUUCUUAAUAGCAUCUGCUGUGAAAAGAAACAAAGAUCCAGGUGGAAUAUUUACCCAGUCUCAUCAUGGAAAAUUUCACCUGUCCACCACAAGAUAGAAGCUGGCAAUAAGGCUUUCGCCCACAAAUUGUUCAAAACUCUGUUAACGGAGCAUCCCAGAAAGAAUAUCAUCUUCUCCCCUCUGAGCAUCUCUGCCUCCUUGGCCAUGCUUUCCCUGGGGACCAGAUCCACAACGCUCACCAACCUCCUCGAGGGCCUUGGAUUUGACCUCAAAGUCAUGAGGGUGUGGGACGUGCACCACGGUUUCCAGAGUGUGGUCCAGUUGCUGAAGCAGCUGAACAGAGAGGGGCGCUUGAAGCACAGAGACAUGCUCUUCAUCGACAGCAACAGGAAGAUCCAUACCCCGUUUCUGUGGGACGCAGAGGGGAUAUAUGGCGUGAAGGCUCACAUGAUUGACUUCCGCGAUGUAGAAAAGACCAAGAAGCAAAUCAACCACUUUGUGGCUAAAAAAAUGCAUAAGAGAAGCAAGGGAUUCAUCACCUCUCUGAACCCUCAUACCUUCCUGCUUCUUAUAAACUACGUUUUCUUCAAAGGCAUUUGGAAAAUGGCUUUUCAUGCCAACCUCAAGCACAAGGAGGACUUCUUUGUGGAUGAGCGUACCACAGUGCAGGUGGACAUGGUGUGGAAGAAGGAACGAAUAAUUUAUAGCCGAUCGGAGAAGCUGUUCGCAACAAUGGUUAAAAUUCCUUUAACUGGAAACAUGUCCAUAGUCCUUGUGCUCCCAGAUGUAGGACAGCCUGACUCUACUAUAAAAGAGAUGGUUGAUCAAAGAGCUACACUUCUGAAAUCCAGUGACAUGAGGUGGGUGCACUUAAUUAUGCCCAAGUUCAAGAUCUCCUCCAAGAUAGACUUAAAAAAACUGCUUCCCAAAAUGGGCAUCAGCAAUGUGUUUACUGCAGCAGCAAACUUCUCAGGCAUCACAGAGGAGGAUUUCCCAGCAAUUUUUGAGGUGAUACACGAAGCCAUAAUGGAGGUGAGCGAGAAAGGCAAGAUGGACACCGCCAAGGACAUGGACUCUAGCAACACCAUCCCCUGCCACACACAUAGAGCAGCCCCGUUGGUCGUGAAAUUCAACAGACCCUUCUUCCUGUUUGUGGAGGAUUGGGGGACUCAACGCACAAUCUUCAUGGGCAAAGUCUUCAACCCCGUAGCUGAACCAGACAGCACUGCCUCUCUGGCUGAUUCUCUCUGCAGCCUGCUGGAUCUACAUCUGCCAAGGUUUUCCAUUUCCGGGACCUAUAACCUUGAAGAAAUACUUCCCCACAUCGGUCUCACCAACAUCUUCAACUUAGAAGCUGACUUAUCGGGAAUCACUGAGCAACUCAACAAAACCAUCUCCCGGGUGUCACACAAGGCUGCAGUGGACGUGAAUGUGUGGGGAACCAGGGCAGGGGCUGCCUCUGGCCUCCUCUCCCAGCCGCAGGCUCUGAACGCAACGUCGGCCCCACAGGUCCGUUUCAACAGGCCUUUCCUGGUGCUCCUGUGGGAGGUGACCACUCAGAGCUUGCUCUUCCUGGGGAAAGUCGUCAACCCGGCUGCAGGGUGACUGUGGUGGGAGGCCAGGUGGUGGCUUUCUCCCCCUCCCCUGGAACAAUCCGGAAGGCCCACACCAGCCUGCCCCAGGCUGCCCCAGCCUGCACCGUGGGCUGCUCUAAGGACCGGUUAAUCAGUGUGCAAAGAUCCUAAUAAAGUUGACCUUGGGUUGUGUGAA